GAGGCUAGCCGUGGCCAGCCAUUCCAACUAAGUAAACCAUCCCCCACCCGAGAUAGUUACCUAGUGCCCACUGUGUUUUGACCGCUACUACAACUACUCCUCGGCGUCCGUUCCUUAAAUUUAUCGACUUAAUUUCCCGGCCGUUUCGACGCAGUUUUAAUCCCCAGAGGCCUUUCUUCCCCGUUCCCCUGUCUGGGUUGCUUUGCAUCUCUGACACUCAACCCUACCGCUUCCUCCACAGUCGGUGAACAUGUCGUCUGCGACACCUCGCAAGCCCGGCACCCCGGGCCAUUCCGCCAGAUCAUCCACUGCAGAGACUCAUGCGGCCAACGGGGCCUCAUCGCGACCGCACUCCCGGUCUCCCAGUACGUCGACAAAUGGCGUCUCUCGCUCCCCCUCCCUCCGUGCCUCGACCCCCGUCUCCGCGCGGGCUGCAGCCCGGAAGCCGGGGCGGUCCAACCUAAGCACCUCCAGUGCCCCGAAGGUGACACCCAACGCCUCCGAGGAGGAGGCCCGCGCUCAGAACGCGGCUCUCAUCGACGACCUCAAGGAGCAGCUGCAGAAGGCUGAGACCGCCUCCGAGCAAUACCGCAAGCAGCUGGGCGUUCUUCAGAUGCGGCUCGACGAAGCGGUCAGCGAACAGGGCAAGCUGGAGGACCAGAGCCACGAGAGGGAUAGUAAGGUCGAGGCCCUGAAUGGCGAGAUCCGUGACCAUGUCCGCCAGAUUCGCGAUCUGGAGCAGGCACAUGAACUCGAGCGGAACGCCAUGUUGCAAGAGAAGGAGCAACAAGCCAGUCGGGAGGAAGAGAUGCAGGCCACCAUCCAGCGCCUGAAGGAAUCCCUGGCCCAGAAGGAGCGAAACGCCGAUGCCGAUAAAACCAGUUUCCGCAACCGAGCGUCACCGGACGUCGAUGGACAAUUCGCGCCCUCUUCCCAGAUUGAGCGGAGCCCUUCACGGAAUAACUCGAAGCUGCUUCUGCAGAAGGAUAAGCUGAUCGAGUCUCUUCGCCUCGAGUUGGCGGAGUCUCAGAUCAAGCUCGUCGAAAUGGAGAAUAAGGGUGGUGGCAGACAGCGCGAGCUGGAGAAGGAGCUUCUGGAAGCCCGUAUGGCCAACGCCCGCUUGAUGGAGGACAACGAGAGCUACCAGUUGCUUCUCAGCGAGAGAACCCUGAACGGUGACUUCACCAAGGGCGACUUCAUGCGCGAAGUCCACCCCGACACUGCCGACGAGGCCACCGAGGCUGGCAGUGGAUUGGGCUCCUUGGCCGAUGAGCUCGAAUCUGUCGAUGCCAGGGCUGAGACGGAUCACGCACGCAAGCUUGAGCUGGAAGUCAAGGCCCUGAAGGACCAGAACAAGGCCCUCACCCUUUACAUCGAGCGCAUCAUCAGCCGGCUCCUGCAGCACGACGGGUUUGAGACUAUUUUGGACAAGAAUGAAAACGACCCCCCAUCCAAGAGAGGAGCUGCCAGCAACAAAGAGCUCCCGCCAACCCCGCCCGAGAAGGAUGACGCCGCAUCGCAAACCUUCGUCCAGAGAGCCCGGUCAGUCGUGGGGGCCCCGAUCCCAGCACGGCCUAUUCAUUUGGCCCAGCCACGGUCGCGCCCCACCAGCUAUAUGCCACCUCCGACCAGCAUGCCCACCGCUCACGAAAACCCGGAGACAGCCCCCAGCAUUCCCCUUCGUGCUCAGUCAAUCCGCGGUCACCGUCGGACAAGGUCCGAGCAGACCGAUCCCGGAGCCGCCUCUGUCGUCGGGCAGAUGUAUCGGGGACGCAACUCGGGUGGGCCUAUCAGCCCUACUCUCAUGGGACCUGGCAACCGCCAAAGCGCAUUCUCUGGGGCGAGCAUCAUGUCGAGCAUGAGCACCGGUGGCCGUGCCCCGUCUCUCUCUAGCCAGUUGGAGCACAGCCGCUUGAGCAGCUCAGACAGUGUGACGAGCGACCCGGCUGGCGAUACGGCAUCUACGGGUGCGACCUCGAACUCCCCUCGCUCCAGCACCGGCAUGACCAACUACACUGGAGCCGUGAUGACCCAGAAUAAAUUGCGCCCUCUGCGGCUUGUCAGCGAAACCCGAGCGGCCGAGGAAGAGGACGCCGCUCGCAAGAAGGCGAACCGUGGAAGCUGGAUUUCGUGGUUUAACCGUCCCAACCCCACUGAGGCCGGCCAGUCUCCCAUCUGAGCGCCAUCGCCUCGGGAUAAUUGGGGAUACUCUCUCCUCCGCCUUCCAGGGAAAUCAAUACUCUGCUCCUUGUGUUAUUCGCAGUUAAUGCGCAUGAUCUUCUCUGCCCUCGACGAACAGGGCCAUG